CCAAGGAGCCACCUGCGGGCGCCGUGUGGAAUCAGCCCAGAGGGGACUGUGCUUGCAGGGCAUAUCUCGGUUUUGGGGAGCAGUCCCCAGCUAAGAUGGGGGCAAGUGCAUCUAAGGAACAAGCGGUGCAGAACCCCCAUGGUGCAUCCCUGACCGCUAAGGAAGCCCACCUGACUCGGCCUGCCCCACACCCCUGGGCGCCUGUGGGCUCUGUCUAUGGCUUCUCUGCCUGUGCGGGAGCCCAGCCUGUAACUGACGCAGCCUGCUGGCCUGUCGUGAGGACCCCCUGUGUCAUCCACUCCUGGAUGGGGUGCCCAGCCACUUGGACUUACAUGUGGGCCCCCUAUCGUGGUGAUCUCUGGGUGGGGCAUCCCCCUCCAGCUGCCUCAGCACCUUCAGUCUGGCCUUGGGGCGUCUCCAGCUUUGAUUCCCGCAUGGGAGGCCAGCACUGGGCCACCAUGGCCUCCAGUGUAUUGCCUUACUUCGUAGGACCCCCGCCCCUGUACUCCUCCGGCCCUCCAGCUCUGAGCAGGGACGCCCCUGGCCAAUGUACCCAGGUGGGAUGGCAGACUCCAACCAACUCAGCCUUCCCUGCUCCAGUGGGGGUCGUGUCCAGAGGAGCUUCUCCCUUGAAGAAGUGCCAGGCCCCUCCAUCAGAGUGGGCCUCCAGGUUCAGCAUUUGGGCACCUGCGCCGUCCUCCAGCCCAGAACUCCGACCUCUGCCCCCUUCCCCCAGCUCGGACCCUCAGCCCAAUCCCCGGUGCCCCCGCUCCCCCCGGCCGCCCUGCAGGGCCUGCCGCCGCCUCUUCGAGCUCUGAUGUGUCCUUGAGUGCCACCCGUUCUAGCACUUAGGGACCUGUGGAAUCCAGUGAGCGCUACUGUGCCCUCUGCCCAGAGGGUUUUCAUCGUGAUUAUCUGCUGUAUCCCACGUUUCUUUCCUAAUUUGUAUAUAUUAAAGGAAGAA